AUCUCUGGAAAAGUCCUGUUAAGAGAUCUCUGGAAAUCUCACACCUGCUGCCCCUCCCAAAUUCCCUUCUCCCUCACGUCUCUUUCUCUCCCCAAGCCGCCGCCUCCCUGCCGUUCCGUGGAGCACCAGGCCAGUGCCGUUCCGAUGGUCAUUCCAAGCCAGUGCCAUUCUCCUUUGGCCGUCCCUGCUCCAGCCGUGAGCUCACCCAGGCCACGGCCUCGUCGAACCGCACAGCCCCUGCGCUCCUUCCCCAGCCGCGCUUAGCCCUAUCCUCCCUGCUCGAUCUCCUUCGAGCCGUAACGGCUCCCUGGCGUGUCCGGCUCCCUGCCCCUCUCCAUGGCGUCGCCCAGCUCUAGCUCGCCCCCCCUCUGAUCUGUGCGCAGGGGUUUCUUCCAUGGCGAGCUCCCCUGCAAACUUCAUCUAGCCGCCGGCCGAGUUUCUUUGGUGGUCGCUUACCCCCAGCAUCGGCCAGAGCUUGCUGUCAUUCCCCAACAAACAUGUGGUUGUAGGUGAGAGAUUUCAGAAGUCUGUUGGACGAAGAAAAGAGAAGUGAAAUUUGUGCAGCGCCCGUCAGGUGUUAGGUUUAAUAGGUGAGCCGUUAAUCAUGGUUGCUUUCGCAACAUUUCAUGGGAUUUUGAUGUGAUGCUCUAUGACGAUGAGCCAUGUUUUCUGUAGAUAUUGUGUCUACCGUGUGAGGGAAUCGUGCCAGCUUCCUUUGGGUUUGGGACUGGGAGCUCCAUCGCUCUAUGCGGCGGUGCUCGCCCGUGUCUCAGCUGCCUUCAAUGGCCCCCUUGCCCGCGCAGUCGUCUUUGGGGUCCAUAUUGAUGGUAGUCCCUCUUUCUUUGUGUGUUCACAAGAUGGGUCGGCAGUUUUAGUGUCUCACACGCAGUGGCCACGGGAUUUUUCAAGUCACUUGGUCGUGGAAGGGCUUCUUAUUGCAGUCAUAGUGUUCCAGCUCUCCAGGAAGAGCUACAAACCACCAAAGAAGCCACUCACUGAAAAGGAGAUUGAUGAGCUAUGUGAUGAGUGGGAGCCAGAGCUGCUAUGCCCUCCAAUCAAGGAGGGGGCCACAAUAGAUGCUCCAACAUUGGAAAGUGCCGUUGGACCACAUACGAUUGUUGAUUGUUGAUGGUAAAGAAGUUGUGAACUUUGCAUCAGCAUGAGGUCUGGAGUCUAGACACAGCAUUGCAAACUGAGGUUUAAUCAUCUUAGCAACUACGGUACGUGACCCUGAGCGCGUGAUUGUUGCGAAACAACGACCACCUCGGUCUACACCUUAAAGGUAUGCUCCAUUAUGUAUUGAAAUACUGAGGAAAACCAUGCCAAUGCUGUGUAAUGAGAUCAGACUAAUGACUUCAUAAUUGGGAAAUUAUGCUUUCUUUGUUCUUCUAACUUGAAUGCAUUGUGCUAAAAUAAAACAGAUAAAAUGCUUUUUGACUUCCCAUGCUUUCUGGCAUUCAGGCAGCUUGCAUUGCCAGUGAUUUGAAAAUUAAAAGGUACACAAGCUUUUAUCAGAGAGGUCGUGCCAAUUAAGACAGUACACUUACCAUAUAAUGUUGGGUUUGAAAUAAAAUGCUAACUUACCUUAUAAAAUUCGAUUUGGCACUGACAGUAUAAGCAUGGAGACAUGACAUAGACUAUAUAAAAAAGUGGAACAGAAAUGAUUAUCAAAUAAUACUUGUUCCUCUAUUGCAAUGAGCUGGCUUUAUUUUUCUCAGUUGUAUGUUCCUGGAGAUCAUGAAUUUGUUUAAGAUGUUGGGCUCUUUCAGCUUAAGGGUUGUCAUGUUCCCUUCUACAAGGAAUUAGAAACACCCAGUAUGUAUUUUAUUUGCAAUGAUGUAAGAUAGUAGAUAGCAGAAUUCAUGAUGUGUCAACUCUCUAAAAAUGAUAUGCAUAUAGUACCAACCUGUGCAGUUUAACAGGUUCAAUAAUAGUUUUGGUGUUUUAGGAAAGGUGUACGAAAGUAUACCGAAUUACUAGGACAAGGGACAAAACAGAAAGCUAUGGGGGUGGGGGAAACCUGCUUUUCCAUCUCUUUGCUGCCAAAGAAUAGAUAAAAGUUGAUGUCAUGUUUGUGCAGAAACAAGGUUGUAAUGGAAGGUUUCAUGACUGCAAUAAUUCAGUUUCUUGAAGCGUUAGAAUCAUUCUAUGUUGUUGAAAGAGAUGGUUCAAUCAUCCUUUUUUUGGUUACUCUUGGUGGUUGUCAUUCUUCAGAUUACAUCAAAAAGAUGACAUUAUCCCUUGGUCUCAAGAAAAUAUUCUUGCUUACUACACGAACUGCAGACGAAUAUUUACCUCUGUUAUUCUCUUGACUUAUUACUAUGUGCAAAUAGUAGCAAUGCUCCAAUUUUCAGUUUUUCGUAUGCUUGCUUCUACCUUGCUUAAUUUUGAAAUGGCGCAGGUUUGCGCGACAUGGCUUUUCAUAGUGCUCAAUUGGAUCUAUCCCCUGAGCAUAGGAGAAAAGUAUCAAUCUGUACAGUGGAUCCAAGUAUUCUAUAAAGCAUGUAUCCUCCAAUUUCCCACAAGCGAGAAUGGCAUGAUAUGAUGGAUGAAAUGGCUGUUGCGGUCAAUUGUCUUUCAAGGAUCAAUUGUCUUUCAAGAACCACACUUAUGUAUUGGUUUGUGUGCAGUUCAAGCUCUGCAAGGUGAGGUCUGUUCAGUUUGGCCAGAAAGUCAUCCCCUACCUGAACACCUACGACGACCGCACCAUCCGCUACCCCGACCCUCUCAUCAAGGCCAACGACACCAUCAAGAUCGAUCUGGAGACCAACAAGAUCAUGGACUUCAUCAAGUUGUAUUUGCCCUUUCAUAGACUUCAUCAAGUUAUAUACUUAGUUAGGCUCAAUGUUAGCACAAACAGUUGAUGAGCAAGUUUAAAUUUAGAGUACACUUAUGUAUGAGUUAUUAUUUGACAAUACUUAUUUAUGAGAUAUUGAAUAUUAUUUAUCUA